CUCUUCGGUCUUCAGUGUUCUUUGCGCUUCGUUCUCUGUUCCACCGUCUCCGUGCGUGCAUGAGUCUCUCCCAGCCCCGGCUCCUAAGCUAUGCUCGACGCCGGAAGUUGACAAUUCCGGAAGUUGAAGAUGCCAAGGUCCUACAACCAAGCCAACCACUAGCUGCAGUGACGGCCGCCAUUGUUCCUGAUUCAGUUUCAGGCCGUGUGUACUCUGAACCCAUGGAAGAGAACCUUGAAGAGAGUAGUGAUACAAUUCCCACUGAUCAUAAUGCUGGAAAUCCUGGGGCGGUUGUUAGAGAAUCGGAAUCAGAACUCCUGGUUGAUUCGGCUAUGGCGAGAGAGACGAUUUUGGUGAGUGAUAAGCUAGUUGAUUCAGAGGGAUUGCCUGCGACUGAGGAAGUGGUGGGAGCUUCCGAGUUUGUGACCUCUGGUUCGAACUCAGGGUCCAAUGCUGCGGAGACUGAAACCCCACAAGAUAAACAACCACAAAUGGGUUUGGAUUUGAGAGGAUUGGCUUGCUGCGGAGGGAAGGCUUUCUUUGAUCUGAACAAGGGCUUGCAGAAGGAUACCAAAUGUAGAGAUGAAUAUCAUGAGAAUCCAGGGCUGCAAGGUGAGGUUUUGGGACCUCAUUGCCGUGUUGUUUCAAACAUGGUGGUGGGUGAGAGUGAAAAACUGAGUGAUGGUGGAGCUUCUGGCGAUUCACAGAGAUCAGACAUGGAGUCUCCAUGCCAUGAAUCUCAUGUUACUCAGGAUGAGUUGAAAACUGGUAAUACAAGCAGCCACCCAAAUGAUGAACGGCUCAUCGAUGAAGAUUCUAAAGGAGCAGAGAGUGGCCCUCAUUGUGAAAGGAAUACUCCUUUUGAUCGUAAUGUUUCCUUGCAGAAGGAUGAUGAAUGUGGAUUUGAGAAUUUGGUGCCGCAAGUUGAGUUUUUGGAUCCUGAAUCUGAAUGCAAGGAUGUUUCAACCACGGUGGUAGAAGAGGGUGUUCUGCAGAGUAGAAAGCUAAGUUAUGGAGCUAGCUGUGAUCCACAAAGAUCAUCUAUGGGAUCUCCUUGCCAUGAGUCUCAUGUUGCUCAGCCGGAGGUGGGAGCUUCACCAUCUGAGGGCCUUCAUUCUGACAACAUCGGUGUUGGUAGUAUCGUCCAGGCACAUGAUGAAAGGCCUAUUAUGGAAGUAGAUCUGAGAGGAGAGGAAAGUAGUCCUCUCUGUGAAAGGAAUUUUCCAUUGAAUGAUACCUUGAAGAAGGGUGAUGAAUGUGUAGAUGGUCAUGACAAGAAUUUAGGGGUUGGAGCUGUGGUUUUGAAACCUGAAUCCCAUGUUAUUUCAACUAUGGUGGUGGCAGAGGGGAUUCCAGAGAGUAGAAAUCUAAGCGAUGACGCUUCCGGUGAUUCACAGAGAUUGUCUAUGGAAUCUUCUUUCCCUGAGUCCCUGGUUACUCAGCCUGAAGUGAGAGCUUCACAGUCUGACUGCCUUCAUUCUGACAACAUUAGCAUUGCUAGCACCAGCCAGCCACAUGAUGAACGACCUAUGGAUCUAGAUUCACGAGGACCUGAUAGGAGCCCUCACUUUGAAAGGAAUCCUUUGGUUGAUCUGAAUGAUGCCUUUCAGAAGGAUGAUGAAUGUGGAGAUGGUUACAGUAAGAAUGUAGGGACAGAAAUUGAGGUUCCGAAACCUGAAUGCCAUGUUGUUUCAACCAUGGUGGUGGUUGAGCGGGUCCCACAGAGUAGGCAGCUAACUGAUGGUGGAGUUUCUGAUGAUUCACAGAGAUCCUCUAAGGAAUCUCCUUGCCACGGGACUCUUGUCCCUCGGCCUGAUGUGAGAGCUUCACAUUCUGAGAGUGUUUAUUCUGCCACCAUCGGCACUGCUAGCACUGGCCAGUCACACGAUGAACAGCCUGUGGAUGUAGACUCUAGAGGAGCUGAGAAUAACACUCAUUGUGGAAGGAAUGUUCCUUUGGAUCUGAAUGAUGCCAUGGAGAAGGGUGAUGAAUGUGGAAAUGGUCACAAUGAGAAUAGGGUGGCACAAGUUGAGGUUUUAGAACCUGAAUGCCAUAAUGUUUCAAUCAUGGUGGUGGAACAGAGGGUUCCAGAGAGUAGAAAGCUAAGUGGUGGAGCUUCUAGUGAUUCCCAGAGAUCAUAUGUUGGGUCUCUUUGCCAUGAGUCUCAUGGAACUCACCCUGAGGCGAGAGCUUCUAAGUCCGAGGGGCUUCAUUCCAUUGCCACUGCUAUCACCAGCCAACCAAUUAUACAACAACCUAUGGUUCUAGAUACAGGAGGAGCAGAGAAUAGCCCUCAGUGCAAAAGGAAUGUUCCUGUGGAUAUGAGUGAUGCCUUGCAGAAGGGCGAUGAAUGUGGUGAUGGGUACAAGGAGAGUUUAAGGGCGCGCGUUGGAGUUUUGCUACCAGAAUGCCAUGAUGUUUCAACCAUGGUCGUGGCAGAAGGGGUUCAAGAGAGUAGAAAGCUAAGCUAUGGAUCUUUAGGUGAUCCACAGAGAUCAUCCGUGGAUUCUCCUUGCCAUGAGUCUCAUGUCACUCAGCUUGAGGUGAGAGCUUCACAUUCUGAGAGUCAGCCACAAGAUUGGCCUAUAGGUACUUGUUCUGAAGCAGGAAUGAGUAGCCUUCGCUGCAACAAAAUGUUUUCCUUGGAUGCAACUGAUUCUUUGAACAAAGAGGACCAAUCUGGAGAUGAUUACUAUGACAGUUUAGGGGCUCCAAUCCAUGAUUCGGGUACGGGAGAAGAAAUACCUUUACCGAGGGUCCCUCAGCACUUCAUGGGGAUGAAAGAUGGCCAUCCAUGUUGUCUCCCAAUUGGUAACCAUUUGGAGGAGGCUAUUGAUGAUUUACCACCAGGGGUGCAGAGGGGUCCCCGAGGCUAUCUGAGGGGAGUUUGGGAUUACGCGAUGAAGGCAGCUCACCAGGCCAGGGCUAACUCACUGGAGGCUUCCUUGGCUCAAAAGCGGGUUCGUGAACUGGAGUCUCAAGUGCAAUCUCUGAACCAACUUAUGGAGGAUUGGAAGCGUAAGGCCCUUGAUGUUAUGGAGCGUAGCCAUUGCAAAGGGAGUGACAUUGCUCCUAUCAUCAUCUUGCCAGUCACACAGACAGGACUUCCUGGAGGGCCAUGUCACCGUCUUGCUUUGGCUUCUACUUCCACUGGAGCCCCAUCUACCUCCCCGGCAACUGUAUUCACUCCCACGAAAAAUCCACUCUUCGAGAAUACACGAGGGACUCCUCCAUCUCGGCCUGACAUAUCGAUGUGGUUAUCACCCUCCAGUGCUUCACCAAUGGUGAUGAACAGUCGUGCACAGCCUUCUUCUGUUCAACAUCUUCGCACUAGUACUGAUGCCAUAAGGAAUUGCAAUUUACCUCCUAGUACUGGUGUCUCUGGUUCUAACACCAGCAAUGUUCAGAAACCACGCCACGUUCGAAGGGUGAGGUUCGAAGGACUAGACGGCAAUGACGCCAAUGCAAUGGUGGGGAUUUUCCAUGUGCCUAAGAAGAAGAGGACGCAUGACUACUCGUCUCCGAGUGGAAAAUCACCACCCUUGCGUUAGACCUCCGACGAUUCUUCGCCAUCGAAUUGUUGCUUCUCAACCGGACUCAGGUGUCGGGAGAGAAUGAACUCCAGGGUGGCAGGGAGAACGGUGUGCGUUUGACAAAACCUGCAACGGUGAACAAAGCCUAUGACUUGAGUGGAGAUGUUCUGCUCGAAGUUCUGUCCAGGCUACCAGUGAAAACUCUGCUCCGGCUCAAGUCCGUUUGCAGGCGUUGGAACGCCAUGAUUUCAAGCCCCUAUCUGGUAUCUAUGCACCUCAGAAACUACACAAAUGGCCCAGCUGGUGAGGCCUCCUAGACCCUCAUGGUCCAAGAUCAUGGAGGUUACGCAACUUUCUCUCGAUGGCUCCAAAUUGCCACGAAUUCGGGAUUUCGAACUGCCAGGGGCUGUUGUCUCCAGACCCUGCAAUGGCCUGUUCUUGAUCAAGGACAUCACUACCAGCAGGUUCCCCAAGUACAUACUGUGGAAUCCAGCAACAGGCGCAUCCAGGGAAUUGCCGGGGCCCAUAACCUGGAAAUGCACCACCAGCACUCGGUUCUCCAAGCAGAGCUAUGGGUUUGGACUAGAUACAGUAGCUAAUGAUGUGAAGGUAGUCAUUAUUCAACACGUCUAUAGCCAGACUGACUAUUUAAUCGAUGGACGCUCCUCCCCAGAGUAUCCUGCCCAAGUGAUGGUGUACACACUGGGCACUGAUACUUGGAAGGUGGUAGGAGAUUUGCAGCAUGAAGUUGCAAUAAGUCAGCGCACUGGCCAUUGCUGGUACUUGAAUGGGUUCGCUUUCUGGUUAUGUGCGCCUCCUGUUGCCGCGCUGGGAUUCAACCUGAGAAAUGAGGAUUUCCUUGUGAUAAACGACCCUGUAGGCAUCAGCGUUAAAUUUCCCAGGCGUCUUGCUUUGUACAAGGAGUCGCUGGCUUUGUUUAUCCCAGGGAGUUGUGGACUUGAUAUGUGGUUACUGGAUGAAGAAUGGCGUUGGGUUAAGCAUUUAGUUACUACUGAUCCAUUCGUUCCAAAAGGCAUGCGGGUAGAUGGAUAUUGGAGAGACGAUCAGCUGAUCGUGCGUACUGCUGAUGAAUUUGACGGCCAAUAUCGAUUGAUGUUGUUCGACACUGCUACUCGAGCCAGUAAAGUUCUAUUGUCGUAUUAUUCGAGUUUGGUUGACGUCUUUGUUUAUAAAGAAAGCUUAGUCCACGUGGGUUGAAAUGAAAAUGAGCCUACGGAGUGUGUCCCUUGUGGUCGUGGGAUCAUCGUGAUGUACUAUCUGUUGUAACCCAGCAUAAUGCAAGUAGCCACUGUCUCCCACUGAUCAACGAGGGCGAUAUUGAGCUCCAUUGCCCCCCUUUAGUGGUCGGAAGGAGACGGCAGUUUAUGCUACUGAUAUACAAACUGGGGAUAUAAUUCACUGCAAUUUUAUUUACAAAAUCUCCAGGAUUCAGGUCUUUCUUAAUUCCAUUAAACUGGAUUUAGAUGGGCUUGCCACUCUCCGAGUUCACGCGUUUGGUAGUGAAGGAACUACACAAACAGCUCAGCUGGAAAUGCCUCGCAGACCUUCAUGGUCAAAGAUUAUUGAUACUCCGGAAGGGUUACACAACUUUCUGAUGAUGGCGGCGAUCCAUCAAGAAUUCGGGACUUCGAAUUGCCAGGGUUUUUUUUCCCUCAAUGAAACCUGCAACGACAUCUUUUUGUGUUGGUUUCCCCAAGUUUGUGUUGUGGAAUCCAGCAAUCUAUAAGCCGUUCUAUCCGCAAUAUAUCUUCUUCAUGAUCUUCCCAACACACACAUUGUAAUGCUAUGAAAAUUUGAUUGAAGUUGAUGCCUGCCUCGAACAGCUCAAUCAAUAACUGCAGAUUGAGUUGUUAUUAUAGUUACCUUACCAAGGUUGUCAACCCCCAUCCGGCCGGCAGUUUCAACUGUCCAACCGGAACCGGUCAUUUCAACGGUUGUAAUAUAUUCCGCGUAGACAGUUUUGGAAAAAAGUCAAAAUCGAGUUAGAUCAGUCAAAAUCGGGUGGUCUGAUCAGACAUAACAGGCGGGUUUGAAGAUCAGGAUUGACAAUUUUGUUGUACAUAUUUCUUUCGAAGAAUGAUUCGGUAAUAUAUGAAUGUAAAUUAGUGAGAUUGUUUUAAAAUAUAUAAAAAUAUAUAUGUAUGAAUUCAUUUGGUAUUAGACAU